CGUCGGUUGCUUCCGGCUCCCUCCCGCGCGGACUGCGAGACCGACGCUUCUCGUGGGCGACGUACGUGGAGUGUAUUCAUAGCAGCAAUACGGCCAGUAUGAGCUCCAUUCUGUUGAUCGUUCAUUUGAACCUGCCGGUGGAUCAAUCAUCCCAUUUGCAUCCUUCUACCAUGAGUACUACCCACAAGGCGCAAUGAACAAGGCUGCCGUCGAUGCUUCCUCGAUCAUUCACAACUCUGAAUCUCACUUGCCUCUGUUGAUGCCAAAAAUCGAGGUUUCACAUCUCAUAGAAAGUGGCCUUCGAUCAUACAAGACGUAUGAGAUGAGCAGCAGGUUUAUUCCAAGAAAGAAGUCCUCGAGUAAGGCUCUUAAGAAGACUAAUGUUGUCAAAGGGCAAUGGACACUGGAAGAAGACAGGAAGUUGGUCAAGUUAGUGGAGCAAUUUGGACUGAGGAAGUGGUCUCAGAUAGCCCAAAUGCUGCCUGGAAGAGUAGGAAAGCAAUGCAGAGAAAGAUGGCACAACCAUCUGAGACCUAACAUCAAGAAAGAUACUUGGAGUGAGGAGGAAGACAUGAUUCUAAUACAAACACACAAGGAGGUUGGCAACAAAUGGGCAGAGAUAGCUAAGCGCCUUCCUGGGAGAACAGAAAACUCUAUAAAGAAUCAUUGGAAUGCAACAAAAAGAAGGCAAUUUGCACGGAGGCGGACCCGCUCUAGCUCCAAGAAUCCCAAAUCAGGCACUCUUCUGCAAAGCUACAUCAAAAGCCUUGGAAUUGGCUGUAGCAAGGUCAUUGCUCCUCUAGAUCCAAAAGAACCCCCAUUGUCUCCAUCUUCACCUCCAACCCCAACAGAAAAUCUGGUAGAUGUGAAUGAUAAUUUGCUAGAAUCAAACUCAUCCAACAGAAUAGCCUCCCAAGGGAUAUUCAGCACAGAUGACAUACAAACUUACUCUUGUGAAGAAAUUCUAGUUCCUAUGUGUGAUGAUUUUUCUGACAUGUGUGAUGGUCUGUUUGACGCAAAGGAGGAGGCACAAUACCAGGUUUACAACAUAGAUGAUGAUGUUGACAUGGACUCUAUCUUCAAACAUAUUGAUUACGCUAUUAAGAUUGACCAUGGGAUAGAUAUGGAUAUGACAUGGGAUGACAACGCACUCAUAAACAUUGAAUCUGAAUCAUCGCCGUUGGUGACACCAAUAGGUCCAGCAGAAAUCAAGACUGAAGGAGGAGAUGGAUCUAGUUGAGCUGGUUGCACAUACACAAACUUGCAACUAAUGGACAAGAAAAUUGUCAGGGGCAUAUUACAUAUGCAUGCUAUUUAUAGGUAUCUGACGACCUUCGGAUGUGGAAUUCCUAUUUAUAGAUAAUAUAUAAUAUAUAUGAGUACGUUCUGAACAAUGCUUUUCAUAGUUGAUAUGACGGCCUUUUAAUUGUAUUAUGGGAAUCUAUAUUGAAUAUGUCAUCGGUGAAUAAGACCAUGUCUAUGUAUGGAUUCAAAAGGGAGUGUUUGGUUAUAUACUGAAUAAAUGUUCUAAGCUAUUUCUGUUAUUAUGGUAUACUGUAUUGGUUAUCUAACUUUGACGUUCUAUUUAUCCAUGACCAUGGCUUGCUAUUUUAAAUACGGAAGUGAAGAUGAAUCAGUAUACUUUUGUGUUCUUAUCACUGCAUGCUCUUAAUUUAUUUAAACAGCUAUUAGUAUAUAUAAAUCAUAUCUGAUGGAAUUAUGAAGUAUGCCCUUAUACUACAAACAUUUGUCAGCGUCUCGUGGCAUGGCGGUCAGUGCCUCAGGUGGUGGCUUAUAUAUUGUCUGUCGUUUUGCACAGCCACGUACGGUGCACUUUUCAGUAGAUACUUAAUUAAACAGAGAUAUUGUGCCUUCUUUUAGCAUCCAGCAAUCAGAUAAUUCUUUUCUUCAGUUCAAAAUAGCACACAACAUGAGCUCUUGAUUAGUACGUAUAUAAUAGGUUAUUUUAAGCUCGAGUCCACGCGUAGAGUAGCAUUACAUGGUAAUAUUAUCGCACCAAACCAACCCACGAUAUCUUCGUU